AUGAUUAAUUUAGUUGUGUUUUGUCGGCAAGGUUUGAUGUCGACAAUCAAUCUUAGUUUAUUUGCCUUAUCUUUAGCCGACUUCUCCAGUUUGUUAUUACAGUUGUGGAUGGUUCUAACUUCAUUGAUACCUUACGUAAAUAUACCAGUCGUCUACCAAGACCUUCUUCACUUGACCGGAGGAAUACCUCAUGGAACGUUUUGCCGGCUCAGUUGCUCAAUCACAGUCUACAUCACAGCUGAAAGAUGUCUAUGUGUUGUUUUCCCAAUGAAAAUUACACAGCUGAUUACUCUUAAAAGAGCCGCAACAAUUAUUGUGUGUAUUUCCAUGACGACUUUGUUAGCAUCAGUUCCUAUCUAUUUUUCACAUUAUCUUGAAUGGAACUUCUAUCCAAAUUUCAACCGAACGUUACUCGGUUCCGUUAUUACAUCGCUCAACCGAGCAAUAGUUAAAGUGCUUUAUUUUGCAAACGCCAUCUCGGGAGUUAUCGCUAUAGCAGCAGUUGCCAUUUUCACAUCCAUCUUGAUUUGGACAUUAAAAGAAAAAUCAGCGUGGAGGAGAUCAGCAAAUAUUCAACAGCAGAAAUCAGAGGCCCUGUCUAACAGAGACAGAUCUACGCUCAAUAUGGUUGUGUUUAUUGCGGUUGUCUUACUGAUAUGUUACACACCUUCCGUUAUACUGAGUGUGGUAACUUUCUUUGAGCCAGAGUUCAAUUCUGGUAGACGAUAUGUUCUCAUUUACGAAUUGUGUUG